AGGAUCCCAUGUGGCAACCCCACCCUCACAUCCACACAACGCAGCAAAAAGCGUCCCUAAAAAUCUCCCAAAAGCCAAACCACACCCGGUCUCCGCCUCCGUCUCUGCCUCCUUUCCCCUCGCUUCCUCGCCGGCUGGGAUCUUGCGGCAGCUACGCUCGCUAGCUCUCCUCCAACCCGCCGUCGGCUCCCUCCGAUUCCAGUCCCGUCCUGUCUCGCCGCUUCCUGGCCCCCCGCUUCUCACGCGGAGACCGGUCGGAUUUCCCACCUCAAACAUCGCCGGUUUUAUCCACUCCCGCAGACCUCUUCCUCAGGGACGGGAUUGGAUUGGUGGUGGAUCUUCUCCUCAGGGGAGGCACAAGAUCCGUUCAUCAUCCUCGUCGCCUAAACUUGGCCGCUCCCGCUCCCACGCUGCUGCUCCACCCUCGCCGCUACUAGACCAGACCACGGAGGAGGAGACGAAGCGCCAUGAGGCGGGGAGCCACCAAGGACGACGCCGCGCCCGACAAGGUCAUGGGCCCUCUCUUCCCCCGCCUCCACGUCAACGACACCCUAAAGGGCGGACCUCGCGCGCCACCCAGGAACAAGAUGGCGCUCUACGAGCAGUUCAGCGUCCCCUCCCACCGCUACAGCGCCGCCGUACCGCCCGCGCCUUCCCCAGCGCCUCCAUGGGGCGCGCAACGACCCGCCUCCGCGGUCCCGUCCACGUCCGCCAGCCAGGUUGGCGGCGGCGAUAGACCUAUCUUCCCAUUAUUUCGUGUGCCUUCAACUGAACCUGUUCGUUCAUCAGAUCAGACGAAUGCCAACUCCAAUGGCCAGGGUGCCAAUGGUACAAUAGCUGAAUCUGGGAGGCAGAGGCAGUCCACACAUCUUAAGAGCAAGGAUACUAAUGCUGCAGGACCACCUGCCGAGGGUAAUAAUUCCGUUGGGAAGAAAUUGGCUAAUGAUGAUGAUUUUACAGUUCCCUCUGUCUUGUAUUCUGGAAUGCCUCCGCAUUCCAGCCAAGAAAAGCUCACUCUCUUCCCUACCACAAGCCCAUGUAAGAGUGUGCCUGCAAAAUAUUCUAGCACUGACAAGAGACGCUUAGAAGGAAUGGAUGCUUCUGAUGUGAAAUCGAAGGGUCCCUCAGGUAUCAAGGAGAAAGAGCCAGUACAAGUGAGGAUAGACUUGGAAGACAAAGAGACAACUCCGUCAUUUCAAGUGCUAAACGACAAAACAUGGAGUCCAGACCCAAAGUUAUCUUCGCACAUGGACAGGCUGAAGAAGCAACAUGCUGAAGCUGAGAGUUAUCAGAUAAGGACCAGGAAUGAGAAUGCUGUCGAGACCCAAAGCCCUCCAAAAAAUGGAGUGUCGUUGUUGUCUAAGCCAUAUGUUGAUAGGAGGGAACAGAAUGGUGAUUCUGAUCUAUUGGGGCAUGGCCUAAGAGAGACAGGUGUGAAGAGGAAAAGAUCACAUCAUGACGUGGAGCAAAACGAUGAUCUGUCUGAUUCCUCUGUUGAAUCUUUGCCUGGAAUGGAGAUUUCUCCAGAUGAUGUUGUCAGUGCUAUUGGUCCCAAGCAUUUUUGGAAAGCGAGAAGAGCUAUUGUCAAUCAGCAGAGGGUAUUUGCUGUUCAAGUAUUCGAGCUGCAUAGGUUGAUCAAAGUGCAGAAGUUGAUCGCUGCAUCUCCACAUGUACUUAUUGAGGGGGAUCCUUGCCUUGGCAAAUCCUUGGCGGUGAGCAAGAAAAGGCUGGCUGGAGAUGUGGAAACACAGCUUGAAUCAGCUAAAAACGAUGAUGGCGUGCGACCAACGCAGCUAGAGCACUCGAAAGAGAAGACUGAAGCGAACCAACCUUCACCAUCUCAAGACGAACAGGCCGCAACUAAUGGUGACGUUGCUGCCUCGAUGCAUACCCCUUCCGACAACAAACAGAAGAGCUGGUGCAUUCCUGCACCUCCAAGUCAGUGGCUGAUUCCUGUUAUGUCCCCGUCUGAAGGACUUGUCUACAAACCUUAUACCGGGCACUGCCCUCCGGUGGGAAGUCUUUUGGCGCCCCCAUUUUUUGCCAGCUACCCCACCUCCUCCUCCUCCACAGCUGGGGGGGAUUUCAUGAGUUCGGCAUGUGGAGCCAGGCUGAUGAGUGCCCCUGUGUACUUCCCGUCUUUCAGCAUGCCUGCAGUGUCAGGGUCUGCAGUUGAGCAAGUGAGCCAUGUUGCAGCGUCGCAGCAUAAACGGAACUCGUGUAGUGAAGCGGUGUUGGCAUCAAGGGACAGCGAGGUGCAAGGCAGUAGUGCUAGCAGUCCGGCAUCUUCUGAAACAGCAGCUCAACCCAGGGUCAUUAGGGUUGUUCCCCACACGGCACGCACGGCUUCAGAGUCGGCAGCAAGGAUUUUCCGCUCAAUACAGAUGGAGAGGAAACAAAACGACCCGUGACUGGCAGAUAAAAAUGAAAGAACGGAGGGAGUAGACUAAUUUUUUGACCGAUAAUUAUAAUGAUCGCCGUAAAUUGGCUGGCCCGCCCGCCUUAUGUUUUUUGUUCAGUGUAAAUAUGCUGUGUCUGUCAGAAUGAUAUGGCAUCUGUAGCUAUUUUGGUUCUGUCAGAAUCAUGUUGAUUGGAAUUCGUCGGUCGGUUGAGUAGGAUGAAAAUUGGGCACAGCCCAUACGUCUACAGCAACGUCAAAUAAAGGAAGAGAAAGCAAUACAUCACCAA